UGUCGUCCACCUCUCCCGCGGAAGCGUUGAAAUUAAAAAAAAAAAGCGUACUGGUAACGGUGUCGGUGUGUCUGCGCCGCUCAGGGUGGGUGGAGGUCUGGGUUCGACAGCGGGCGUCCGAAGGGGACGGCGCCGGUUCCCCAGCGGAGACGGGGCGUGGACGGCACCAGCGGAAAAGUUUAAAGACCGGGUGUGGCGGGUGUUCUGACGUCACUCUGCGCGCGACGCUUCCCCGGAGCUGGACUACAACUCCCAGAAGGCUUCGCGCGCAGACUGCGACCCAGUCAAGUGGGCGCCUGGCCCGGGCGCCGGUGGAACCGAGGGACCCGGCUCGGAGACGCCGUGCCUGGUGACUCCCGCUGCGGCGGGGACCGGACGGCCGGCGUCAUGACUCUGUUCCACUUCGGGAACUGCUUCGCCUUGGCCUACUUUCCCUACUUCAUCACGUACAAGUGCAGCGGCCUGUCUGAGUACAACGCCUUCUGGAAAUGCGUCCAGGCCGGGGUCACCUACCUCUUUGUGCAGCUAUGCAAGAUGCUGUUCUUGGCCACUUUCUUCCCCACCUGGGAAGGUGGCAUCUAUGACUUCAUUGGGGAAUUCAUGAAGGCCAGCGUGGAUGUGGCAGACCUGAUAGGCCUCAACCUUGUCAUGUCCCGGAAUGCCGGCAAGGGAGAGUACAAGAUCAUGGUAGCUGCCCUUGGCUGGGCCACCGCAGAACUCAUUAUGUCCCGCUGCAUCCCCCUGUGGGUCGGAGCGCGGGGCAUUGAGUUUGACUGGAAAUACAUCCAGAUGAGCAUCGACUCCAACAUCAGCCUGGUGCAUUACAUCGUCGCCUCGGCCCAGGUCUGGAUGAUCACACGCUACGACCUCUACCACACUUUCCGGCCAGCCGUCCUCCUCCUCAUGUUUCUCAGUGUCUACAAGGCGUUUGUCAUGGAGACCUUUGUACACCUUUGCUCCCUGGGCAGCUGGACCGCGCUGCUGGCCCGAGCAGUAGUCACGGGGCUGCUGGCCCUCAGUACCUUGGCCCUGUACAUCGCCGUCGUCAAUGUGCACUCCUAGACUUGGUGUCCCAGAGUCACUGGACCUGUUUCCCUGUCUCUCUCCAGGUGUUUAUGCAGUAAACAGUAUUUGGAAAGUUG